CACAAUCUGAGGGCGUAACUUCAGUUUCGCCGGAGCGUGCCGCUCAGGAUAUUUGUGUAGUCUUCGAUAUUGAUUGAGUUUACUGAAUACUUUGGAUGCAAAUUACAAAUUUUUGGAAAAAUGCCUCAACUAACUGACGAAAUGAUAUCUGGAUUAAAGCAUUAUAAAUACUCGUGUGUUGAUAAUUCACCUUUCUCAACAUACAUUAUGCAUCCCUUCUGGGAUUGGUUGGCAAAAUUUUAUCCUGUUUGGUUAGCUCCAAAUCUCAUAACAUUCACUGGCUUCCUUCUAACUGUGGCCCACUAUCUUCUACUAUGUUACUAUAAUCCCACUUUCUUCUCACCAUUCGGUGUUCCUAAUUGGGUUUGGCUUGUUACCGCCUUCCUUGUAUUUAUUGCUCAUACUUUAGAUGGUACAGAUGGAAAACAAGCUCGUCGAACUAAGUCAUCAUCUGCUCUUGGCGAAUUAUUUGACCAUGGAUGCGAUUCAUGGGUGUGUCUUUUUCUCUGUGGAUCAAUGUUCUCAUUGCUAGGUAACAUGUAUUCUGUGAGAGAAAUGUUUUUGGGACAGUGGGUAUUAAUUAUGACUUUUAUGCUUUCUCAUUGGGAAAAAUACAUUACGGGUACCUUAUUUCUACCCUGGACGUUUGAUGCAAGUCAAAUAGUUGUUGCUCUAGUCUUCCUACUGGCCUAUUGGUUAUCACCUACCGUUUUUAUGAAACCACUUUUAUUUGGUUGGUCAGCGACAAAUAUUUUCAAGUUUAUACUUUUUUAUUCACUUUAUUUUCUUCAUAUACCAGUUACAUUGUGUAAUAUUUUAAGAACUUGUCCAAUUAAACAACCAUGGCAUCGUGGUCUUGGAAUUUGUGGUGUCAUCAAACCUCUUAUACCUUUAGGACUUUUGAUAUUCAGUUCAUAUAUAUGGGCUUAUUAUUCACCAUCAAAUUUAUUGGAAAAUAAUACACGUAUUUAUUUCUUUUGUUGUGGAACAAUUGCUUCCAAUGUAGCAUGUCAACUGAUUGUUGCGCAAUUAUGUCAUGUCCAAGCUCCAAUCCACAAUAAAGAAGUUUAUUUAUUUUCAAUAAUUACCCUUGUUGUUUGUUUUAUUCUUCCAACAAAUAAAGUUACAUCUAUUGAAUGUACCAUCCUCUGUUUAAUAACAAGUUUCGUUACACUGGAUCAUAUUUACUAUGGUUAUCAAGUGGUAAAUGAAAUCGCAUCAUGUCUUCAUAUUAAAGUGUUCAGUAUUACUCGUUAACACCAACAACACUUGUGAAUCAAAUCAAAAUUAUUUGAUUAUUGUCUGUGUAUAUUUAUGAAAUAACUUGUCUCAUCUUAUUUCUUUCGGUAUGAUGAAGUGUUCAUAUUUACUCGGUGGAAUUUGCAUUGUUUCAGCACAGAAUCUCAUUGUCUUUUCGUUAUUCUUCAAAUAUACAUGAUUCUUUUAUCUUUUCUUUCUCUCUCUCUCCUUCUAACAAAAACAAACGAUGUCAAUAUUUGUAUUGUCGUCUCUCUUGUUCUACUUUAUCCUUUAUUUUGCACACAAGUUUUAAUUUUCUUAAAUUAUAUCUAUCGAUUUAACAACUUGCAUUGAACAAGUUUAUACAUAUAUCUGUCCAAUGUAUAUCAUUAUAUGAUGAGUUUGUAUUCAUGUUUUUAUUUCCUCACUUUUCUAUUGGUGCAUACAUUCUUAAUAAAUUUUCUAUGAUACCAACAAUGCAUGUGCAAAGAUUAUAUUUCUGCUUAUAAUUUCAGUUUCACAAAUAGGAAUAUCAUUUAUCAAUAUAUAUAUAUAUAUAUAUAUAUAUAUAUAUAUAUAUAUAUAUAUAAUUUCAAUUUGUUGGAAAUGAUUUCCGGUCUUCUGUGUUUUUUUUUAAUUUUAUUGACUAUUCCAACUGAU